AUGACGCAUGAGAAUCAGCUCGACAAGAAGCUCGAGGUGUUCUCCAUCCUGGGGUUCGGGGGGCUCGGGAAGACGACGCUCGCUGUAGAAGUGUGCCGGAGGUUGGAGGAGGAGUUCAGUUGCCAGGCAACCGUGACGGUAUUGCAGGCCUUUGAUGCCAGCAAGGACAUGAGUGGGCUGCUCCUGCGCAUACUUCACCAGGUCGUCAAGGUGAAAAGAGAUAAUGAACAAAAUUGCAUGCAAGAAGAAGAUCCAUUGGGUGAAAUCGACAGUAAUGUGGACAAUCUGGCCAGCAUGCUAAUUCAGCGACUCGCGGAUAAGAGGUACCUCAUUGUGAUUGACGAUGUAUGGACCAUAUCCGCAUGGGAUGCAAUACGAUGCAAAUUGCUAGACAACAACAAUAGUAGCAGAAUCAUUGUGACUACUAGGAUAGAGACCGUGGCCAAAGCAUGUACCCUAGCUAAUGCUUGGGGAGAUCAUAUCUAUCGAGUCAAGCCUCUCAAGUUGGAAGAUUCCAAGACGCUAUUUGUUAAUAGAGUAUUUGGCCCCAAUAAUGUUUGUCCCAAUGAUCUGGAGACGGCAAUGGAUGGCAUACUGAAAAAAAGUGCUGGUUUGCCAUUGGCAAUUGUUAGCAUCGCCAGCCUUUUGGCAAGCUACAAAACGCCUGGCAGCUUGGAGAUGUGGACGAGAAUCUGCAACUCAAUUGGUUCUCAAAUGGAGAGUAACCCCACAUUGGAAGGAAUGAGACAAUUGAUUACACUAAGCUACAACCACCUUCCACAUCAUCUGAAGGCUUGCAUGAUGUAUCUCAGCAUUUUCCCGGAGGAUUACGUGACAAGCAAGGACCGACUCCUCAACAGAUGGAUUGCUGAAGGGUUAAUUCCUGAGAAGCGUGGACUGACACUGGAGGAGGUUGCAGAAUCCUACUAUGAUGAGCUGUUUAGCAGGAACAUGAUCCAGCCAGGCCAGGUAAUAUAUGAUGGUUCAGCGAUUGAGUGUCGUGUGCAUGAUAUGAUGCUGGAGGUCAUAGUGUCCAAGGCCCUAGAGGUGAACUUUGUCAGCCUGAUAGGAAGCCGAUAUGGAGGGUCAUCACAUGACACUGUACGCCGCCUCUCCAUCCAUGGCGACCUGGGUUCCAAUAUUGAGGAGACAAGCAUGCGGCAUGUCCGGUCUUUGAGCACUUUUCGACCAGAAGGUCAAGGCAAGCUGCUUGAUCGACUUGCCGAGUUCACCCUGCUCAGGGUACUAGACCUACAAGACUGCAAAGAUGUAAAAGACCACCAUAUGAAGCAUAUUUGCCGGCUGUUUCUUCUCAGAUUCUUGAAUCUUAAUCAUACAGAUAUCACACUACUACCUAGCCAGAUAGGUGAGCUGCAACAUUUGCAGACGCUUUGGCUAUAUGGCACGCUCCUUAACGGGGUUCCAGAAUCCGUUAUCAACCUCGAGAAACUUGAGUACUUUGGCCUUUCCAACAGGAAAGAUUGGAGGGUACUUUUGAGGCUGCCUCGAGGGCUCGGGAAAAUGAAGGCCCUAGAGGGUUUGUUAAGGGUUGAUAUCCGUGAAGGCGAUACAGAACUUGCCAAGGAGAUGGGCGACAUGGUUCAAUUACGAAGACUUGGAAUCGUCCUCCGUUGCACCGGCUGCUCGGAUAAGCCCGUGCUCAGAGAGAUUGGUAACUCCAUCGGAAGGAUAUCCUCCAUCCGUCAGAUCUCCGUUGAAGACAUGUCAGAGGAUGCAAACAACAUGGACUUUCUUCAUCACCUCCCCUCCCCACCACUCCUCCUCCGGCACAUCACAGUUGGUGGCAAAAUCAACGGGUUUCCAGACUGGAUGGCGUCACUCACACACCUCGUCCAUAUAGAACUUUGGUGGAUUGACAUGCACGGUGAUGACAUAUACGGUGUCCUGUACAAGCUGCCUAACCUGCUGAAGAUCACGUUGGAUAGGAAGUGCUGCAAGGAUGAGGAGCUGGUUGCGCGCACCACCUUCAAGUUCCCGGUGCUCAAAGAGCUGGCCAUUGUUCGUGAUAAUAGUACGCCGAGAGUUGUUCGAUUUGAGCAAGGCGCCAUGGGAAAGCUCGAAAAGCUCAUGGUGCGAUUCUGUGACCAGGAGAGGAGCCUGGCCGGCAUUGACAACUUAACCAGCCUUCAGCAGGUGGAACUCGUUGGUAAGAAAAACACCAAGGCGCUACAGGUGGCAGCGGACCAGCUGAAAACCGAGAGCCAGAGUCGCCAGGAAGCAGAGCAGUUCAAAGUUGUACUAAAAUACGAGUGA